AUGAAGCUUACUACCACAGCUCUCCUGCUUUCUUCGGUGUUUGCCACCUUGAUAACGGUCGCCGUGGCCGACGACAUAGAUAUCGCUCGUCAGCAAAGGCUUUCUGUUGUCGUCGGUAGCACGACCGGAGCCACGUCCAUUCCAGCUUGGUUAUCGAGUCUGGGGUCAAAUGGCAAAUGGCCAGACUCAGAAAUCAAUUAUACCACGGGGUGCAACGCUCAGACUGCCAGCUGGCCUGCCCAGUCCCAUUGGAGCCGUAUUAAUACGCUCGCGGCUGCUUGGCACGGUGGUCUGAGGAAUGCUCUUCAGUAUGCUGGUGACGCAUCUGUGCGUGCUGCAAUCAGUAGUGCAAUGAAUUACUGGUUCUCGAAUGACUUUUCCGUCCCUGCCUGCUUGGAUUCUGGAGGCACCACUUCGUGCCCGUGCACGACUCCCGGUUUCUGGAACAUUAAUUGGGCCUCUAAUGUCCUCCUCAUCCCAGGAUGGGUUGGCCAAGUUUGCUUGCUCCUCGGCAAUUCCUUGACGACCAGUGAAUCGGCUGCAUGUCAACGUAUAACCGGACGGGCCUAUGGAACAUUUCAGACCGGUAUAAACGGUGUUAGUGCCAUUACCGGUGCAAAUACUCUCGAUAUCGCGAGCAUCGGUAUCGACCUAGGACUUUCUACUGCCAACGCUACCUUGCUUCUAGAUGCAUACAACAGGGUGCACCAAGAAUUUACCAUUAAGGAUGGUGUGAAGGUCGAUGGUAUUCGAGCCGAUGGAUCGUUCGGACAGCACAGUGGUAUCAUUUACAACGGCAAUUAUGGAAAGGACUACACUAACAACGUGCUGAACUUGGAAAUCACCGCAGGCGGUACUGCCUUCCAGGCUACUGGCGCCUCGCGUGCUGCAUUCAUCACGUUACUCCUUGCAAAUCAGUGGAUGAUCUUCGUCAACAAGGUCACCAACGUCUUGCACUGGGAUUAUUCUGUCCUUGGGCGAUUUGUUAGCUUGCCAGUUGCAGACAACCAAGCCACUGCGAACAUCAAAACGAACCUCACCCAACUACAAACCUUAGGUCAAUUAUGGAACUCCGGCGAAAUCACCCAAAUAUUCAACAGCCUAUCCUCGGCUUCUGCAAGUUCGUCCGCCAAUGUUGGCUCGUUGAACGGAAACAAGAUGUUCUACGCUAAUGAUUACAUGGUUCAACGCGGCAAUGGCUAUGUCACCACAUUGAGGAUGUAUUCCAGACGAACCCAGAACACUGAAUGCGUCAACACACAAAACCCUUUCGGUUUCCACCUCUCAGACGGCGCAGUUUAUACAUACCUCUCAGGCAAUGAAUACGAAGAUAUUUUUGCCGCAUGGGACUGGAACUUGAUACCAGGAACUACGACGGACUAUGCCGCCACGCCGCUCGACUGCUCCAGUACCCGCAAAACUGGAACUCAAGGUUUCGUGGGCGGUGCAUCCGACGGAACCAUUGGUAUCGCCGCUAUGCGCUACGAAACACCGACCACCAGAACACUCGCAUGGAGGAAGACCUGGUUUUUCCUCAACAACGAUGUCCAAUUCGUGAUGUUGGCUCGCCUUACGUCUACCACCACCGCCCCCGUUUUUUCAGUUCUCGAUCAGAGAAAACAAGAUGGGGCUGUAUUUGUGAACGGUGCGCAAGUCAGCAGCGGAAACUUCUCAACGCCCUCCACUCUGUGGUAUGGAGGCGUCGGUUAUGCAUUCAACACUUCCAACCCAAGCACUUCCCUCUCCGUGUCCCUCACUUCCCGAACUGGGUCGUGGCAGUCAAUCGGCUCGUCAUCUCAACAAGCUGGUCCAGUCAACCUGUUCGCAGCCUGGCUCAACCACAUUGACCCUACCGUCCCUAUCUCCUACACCGUCUUCCCUGCAACUACCCAAGUUUCCUUCCCGCAGAAAUUAUCAUCUACUCAACUCGUUUCCGUCCGCAACGAUGGCAGUAUUUCGGCAUUACUCGAUGCAGCGAACAACGUUGCCAUGAUUGUAUUUUGGGUGGACGCUGGCGGAUCGGUCACCAUACCUUCCAAGACGACAGGCGUUGCACCCCUCACCGUAAGAUCGAACGGAAGUAGCGCCAUCAUUGUCAACCUGAACACCUGGACGGUCACUCUGUCCGAUCCAACUCAGACUCUAUCCGCCCUGGCGGUUAAUUUCACUCUCGGGUCCGGGGGCAUUCCUUCUGGGUGGGGAUCACCUGCUAGAUCACAGGCUCUUGCCGUCACUCUGCCAGCUGGUAGUGUCGUUGGAAGCAGUAUCCAGCAGAACCUUUUCGACUAA